UGAAUGAAACUUUUGACUAUAUUUCUACAGUAUUAUUAGGGGUCCUACGAAUGACGCAGGAACCCUAUUGUUUUUGUUAGCAUUAUUAGGGGUCCUAGGAAAUCCUUAGGAAACCUAUUGUUUUUGUUAGUAUUAUUAUUAUUGUUAUUAUUAGGGGUCCUACGAAAAGGAACCCUAUUGUAAUCAUUAGUUUUAUUAAGGGUACUACGAAAUCUGUAGGAACCCUAUUGUAAUCAGUAGUAUUAUUAUCUUCCUGACUUUUUGGCUCCAAAAGCUUUUUGGGCCAGAAUAACACAUAGGGGGUGCUAUAACAAGGCCUGGAAGUUCAGCUUUUCAACGGGCUGCCAUUACCACUAGGAAGGUGCAAUAUGCAUGAAAUUUGUUAUACUUGACCUAUUCGUCAUGAUUAACAACUUUGAAACUGCAACCCAUAAGGUCAGACCAUUUGGAUAGAGUGUAUUGACCACAACUUGACCAAACACCCACACUCCAACAUAUUUGCUGCCAGAGAUGGUAAGAGCUGAAAAAAUUCAUAGCAAUAAGGCGAAGGACAGCAGAGAAAUACAUUUUAAAGUCAAAUACAUGCAUAUGUAAACACCUCUACAACACAUUUGAACAGCUCUAACAUUGUGUCCAAAACAGGUUGGCCCAGUUGUCGAAUAUUAUUAAGAGGAGAUUACAAAGUAUACCGAUGCCAAAUUUGAAGACUAUAUCUAAAAAAAACGAACAAAAACAUUUGUAUGAAGUUCUCCUUUCUGAACCGUGGCCUCUCUACAGUUUUAUUAUUGUUGGGCUGUUCCAUAGUCAAGUGACUAGAUGUAUUCUCAUUGUUGUUAUGUGUGUCCAUUCCAUAUUAGGCUUAUAUCCUUACCCCCAAACCUCUUCUUCCAGGUCUUGCUUCUCAUUAGCAUUCCAAUAGAAUGAAUGAAUCUGUGAAUGAAUAUAUACAUAGAUAUCUAUGUGAAUAAAUGUCCCUCACACAGGCCCUCUGUGCAAAAGCGCAAGCGGACCGUGAGCAGUGACAGUGGGCAGGUUGUGGUGUUGUCCUCUGCAGACCAGGAAGAAGCUGCCAUGUUAGAACAGGGAGCCACACAGACGGACCAAGAGAGAGGUCGGACCUUUAUGGAGGCCAUCAGCGAGAAGUACAGCCCCGAGAACUUCCCCUACCGCCGGGGGCCCGGCAUGGGGGUGGUGGUGGUACCGGUGGUCGCCCCCCAGGGCUCCCCUAUGAGAGAUCGGCUGAACCUGCCCAGUAUCCUGGUGUUGAACGGUAGUGGGAUCUCCCGGGCUGGGGACCAGGGCGAGAUCGCAGCCUUCUGUGCUCACGUCAUUGAGCUGGACCUGUCUCAUAACACGCUCCAGGACUGGAGGGAGAUCAGUAAGAUUGUCUCUAACAUCCCCAACUUGGACUUCCUCAACCUGAGCUUCAACCCACUGGCGAGCGUAGCGCUGGGGCCUGUCUGUGGCGAGGCCUUCUGUGGUGUGCGGCGUCUGGUUCUCAACAACACACAGGUGUCCUGGGACACGGUCUUCACCCUCACACGAGACAUGCCUGAGCUUGAGGAGCUGUUCCUGUGCCGCAACAAGUACGACAGUGUGCUGGCCGCUGCCACGCCCUGCCCUACGCUGCGCCUGUUGCACAUCACCGACAACAGUCUCCAGGACUGGGAGGAGGUACGCAAGUUGGGCUCCAUCUUCCCCAGCCUGGACACCCUUGUGAUGGCCAACAACAACCUGGCAUCCAUACAGGACAGUGGGGUGGUCCUGGAGGGCCUCUUUCCCAACCUGCGCAGCAUCAACCUGCACAACUCAGGUCUGAACCGGUGGGAGGACAUCGAGAAGCUCAACUCCUUCCCUAAGCUGGAGGAGGUGCGUCUGCAGGGCAUCCCCCUACUGCAAACCUACACCAACACAGAGAGACGCAGCCUCAUGGUCGCUCAACUUCCCUCAAUCUCUUCACUGAAUGGCAGUGUGGUGAGCGCCGGUGAACGAGAAGACGCAGAGCGCUUUUUCAUCCGUUAUCACCUGGAUUACCCAGAGGAAGAGCUCCCGUACAGAUACCACUGCCUAGUGACAAAGUACGGCAAACUGGAGCCGCUGGCAGAGAUAGACCUCCGACCCCGAUGCCUUGCCCUGGUGGAGGUGCACUGCGAGGACAAGGUUGUACAGAAGCCGAAAAACUAUCAGGUGAACGUGCGCUUGGACCAGACGGUGGCGGAACUGAAGAAGCAGCUGAAGGACGUGGUCCAGCUGCCCACCAACCACAUGAGGGUCUACUACAUCGACAAGGACCUUUGCUGCGUGUUCGGCCCAGAGGAGAUGAAGUACAGCACGCGGGCGCUGCACUCCUACAGCAUCCGCGACGGGGACGAGAUCCUGGUGGUGCCCAAGACAAAAUGAGCCACGCGCUUGUUUAUAUCCUCCCCCCAAGCUCCAGGUCUCAAUAUCCCACGCUAUUGGAUGAAAAAAAGAGAAAGGACGGACUGAUUGUUUCACUGGUUCAAUUGCUAAGUUAUUUAAUAAAAGGCACAGUUAAAAUGGGAUAGGUGUGACACGCAGGUCAAAGUUGAGGUAAAUAAUGCAGGAAACGGUUCCAAAAUGGAAUGCAGGCUGGUUGACUGCUGAAUUAGCAGAACCACCAAUCCGGAGGUAAGGAGUUCCUAUUAGAUAAUAUCCUCUCUAGACUUUUUCGAAAUCCCAGUCUUAAACAUAAAGGGAAUUUCUGGAAUGUUUCUGUGUAAAAAAUGGAGACCAAGCUACAAGUCAGGAUGGCGGAGCAGCGACCAGGAAGGCAGAAGCAGAAGGCCGUUGGAAACUGGUGCACCAGCAAAUCUCAGCUCUGUCCAAGCUGUUAGUCUACGGCUUAUCGCACCUUUACGGGCAUCAAAGACCACCAGCUGGCCCAUCUGUCACCCAAACCCUACUCAAACUAGUUGGCUAUAUUGUCAUAUAUUUAUUUAAAAACGAUGGUUGUUUGUUUUUUGAAUCUGCACUUUUAAGUGAAAAGAAAGAUUAUCAGGAAGAGCAGCGUGUCUUAAUAAUAAUGUGUGACAUUGCAUCAUUACAAACCAAUACACACACACACACACACACACACACACACACACACACACACACACACACACACACACACACACACACACACACACACACACACACACACGUAUAUUCACACUUAUAUGAACGACAACCACCUGUGCUGUACACACAAACAUACACAACUGCACAGCAUAUUAGGUUGUGUCCUAUUCUAUCCCUGCUCCAGCCAUCUCAGUCUGGGUUCCUUCAUCUCUGUCCUGAAUGACAUCAAGUAAUUAAGGACAUUAAGGUCCAUUUAAUACAUUAUACAUAUUAUGUACCAUUUAUAUAGAUCAUAUCGAGUUUAACAAUUAUAAGAACAUAAGAUGCAGGAUGGGCAGAUAUUAUUUGAUUAACUAUCAUAUCAUGCAACAUAAACACAGGGAAAAGCACCCUGUGUUUAUGUUGUAUGAUAAUAUUGUUAAUCAAAGGAUAUCGGCCAAUCCUAUAUGUAUAAUAUAUGUAUAAUGUAGACAGAUAUAGGCAAGCUGUCCUCAUAUGGGCUCAGGCUCUGAGCUCUGUUGACAUUGAAAUCUGUUGAUCUUCUUUGUUGGUUGCCAAUUUUAAUACAUAUUUCAAUAAUAGGAGAGUAACAGUUCCAUUAUUUUUCAUGAAUGAAAUAUUAUAGCCAUGAUAAUGUUAUCACAUCAUAUAGAUCAUGUAUUUAUCUCAGACUGCCUUUCAGUGUUUACAAUAAUCUAGCAGAUCUUUGUGAACUCAUCGUUUCCUUAAUUUGCUUCACUAUAUUUGUUUACUUUGAUCAAACAAGGCAUGCAUUUUUAUUUUGACUGAAUCCCUUCCUGGCCCUACAGAGCAAAAAGACUCCCUAGCCACAGCUGUGUUAUCUUCCCCAAAGCCAAGCUCAUUGAUUAUUUUUCUGGAAUAAGUGUGUCACCAUUUCUUUGAAUAUCAACAUAAAGAAAAGCUUUUGAAAGAAAAGGAUGACAAAGUGGGCCCAAACCACAAAUGCCUCCAUUUAAGCAUACAUUAAAUUGUUCAUUGAAAGUAUGCUUCUUUUUAUUUGCUUGACAACUUUGUAUUUGUUUGAUUGAUUUACAGCAUACAAUAAGUGUUAUUGUAUGCCCGCCACAAGUAUGAUUCAGGAUGCCUGAAUUUGUAUUUUUGUGAGAGGAAAGUAUGACCAUAAGGUCACAUUCAUUCACACAAAGCCCUUUUAAGGUGUUUGGCAUGUCUACCGUUAUUGUUUUGAGAUCCCAGCUUGUUUUUAUUUAUCAAUUUAUGGAAUCCAUUAUUUACUGGACUUUUUAUGAAAACGAUUCAUGUUUUUCAUUUUAAUGUAUUAAAAUCAUAUAAAGAUGUAUUUAUUUAAUAUAUUUAUGUUUGUUACUCAAUUUGGAGUAUGCUUUAAUUUAUUUAAGUUAUUGAUUUUGUGUGCGAGGAUCCGACCUGUUACAAUACUAGAACAUGAUAUUUAUCAGAUCAUCUAGAGUUCCAUUUUGUUGCACAAUAUCAGCCUUACCACAUCAACACUCACACACAGCUUUUAGCAGGUAUUUGAUUUAGUCUUGAUAUAUUAAUAUGUAUUCCCAUGAAGACUUGAGUGAAAUACCUUGCUUCCACACAUAGCCACACCUACUAGGUAACUAUUUUAACGUCUAUUUGCGCUGACAGUGUUGCCUUUUUAACUCAAAGUGCUCCUUUUUGCAUUUAAGCACUAGAUGAUCAUAGAUGAUCACUAGAUGAUAGGUCCUCUCGGGCUGAUCCAUCGAUCACUUUGCAAUGAGCACUUCCAUUUUGGACGUAAAGGAGCAUAGGAAUGUUGUUGAUAGUGAUGAUGUUUUGGUCAUUAUGGAAAAUGUUGGUGUUUGAAAGUGCCACCGUGUGUAUUAUGCAGGAUGUGGUGAAACAAAGUUUUCAUCUGCCCAGUUUAAGGUAUAUUUAUAUUUAUUUUAUUAUUAUUUUAUUUUACAUUACUAUAACUCAUAAGUCAACAUACAACACCAUGAUGCAUUCUGAUGUACAAGCUCUAUUAAUCUGUAUGUACUCAAUUCACUCAGCUAUAAUACAUGACUACAAUGGAUGUGCGUGUUAAAAUGUAUUCUUAAUAGCCUUCUCAGAAUCAUUGCUUCUCAUGCUGAGGUAAAAUGCAUCAUAGAAUGGUAAUAAAAUCUCAAUCUCCUUGCA